AGGUUUCUAGAAAAUGAAUUCUAAUCGACGUUUUAUCUCCCGUAGUAAGUACGUUUUAUCUCCCGCAGAUACUACAGUUCGUAGCAAUAGAUAAGUAGGCUACUUCCUGCAAACCAUAUGACCAGUGUAGAUUUACUACAGCGUGUAUCGAAAUUCCUUUAUCUACUUCUACAUUCGCCACGUGGUAUGCAGGGAAGAAAGUAGCCUACUAUCACUGGUUCAUAGGCAUCUGCGAGAGGAAAGGCGUGCGUGCGGUCUGUCGAUUUGAUUACAUUCUCUAGAACCUAGAAACCCUGAUCCUAAUCCUAAGUCUGUGAUAAUAUAUUAAGUGUCAGGUGUCGGGUCUACUUUUAUAUGUCUGUGACUAUGAUUAGUAUGUUGCCUAAUUUCUGGUACAAUUGCUUUUCUUACUGUAAAUAUGAUAAUUCUAUGUAUUUCAACAGACCUUUUGAAAGUUUUCAUAUACAUGGUGGUAGGUGCCUGAUAAACAAGAUACUCUAUAAAGAUAACAAUUUAUGUAGCAGAUUAGAACACUAGAACAUUAGAGUGAUUCAGAAAGAGAUAAGAUAGAGCGUGCCAAUAAAGUUACAAGAGAAAUAACUAGAAGUUCUAAAAUACACAUGAAUCCAGAAAAUUCUCAGUUAGAUAAUAAAGGGCAGUGACAAGAAGAUUUGACACAACCAGCAUCUCAAAAUCUCAAGAUUUUUAAAAUGUAUGACAGAGUAAUUAGUAGCGACGAAGAUGAACAGAGGCUGUGUAAUGAUGAGUUGUUUUCUAUUGUACACAAAGAAGUGCCACAAGAACAAAUUAUUAAAGAAAUUGAAAACUGUCUAAAAAAUGCAGCAGAAAUUAAUGCUCUGAAUACAAGAGGCAAAACAAUUUUAGAUAUUGCACGUGAUAAAAAUUAUGAGGAUUUGGUUACAUUCCUUUGUGCACUAGGUGGUAGGACAGCGUUAGAUUUAGCGGAUCCUAAAUUUCCUGAAAUUGAUGAAGGACAUAUUCUUUACUUAACAUCAAAGUCAAAGUCACAAAAACCUGUUGAAAAUUUCAAAGAGCGAAUCGAAAAACUUUAUAAAUAUUUGGAUGAUAUUCCUGAAGUUUCAAUAAUUCUUAAAGUGGUACAAUAUAUGGAUACUCUUGAUAUAGUUUUCGAUUUUGAUAAUGAAAACAUUAAGGAUAUUAAUGCUUCGGAAGCUACAAAAGGAACUACUGGUUAUAAAGAUGGUAGAAUUUACAUAGCAGCUAAGAUAGAAGAAAAUAAACUAUUAGGUACUGUAGCUCAUGAGCUAACUCAUCUUGCAAUGAAUAUCCUGUAUAAAAAUGAUUGUAAUCCAUUUGAUAAGUUAGAAAAUAAUAGAAGGCAAACUUUUGAAUCAAUAACUGCGGAUAUUAAAGAUUAUACAAAAGAUACAGUUAAGAACAUAGAUGGUAAUAUUGAAGAUAGUCCACUGAUAACUCUAGCAAGAGCAUUUAAAUAUCCAGAGGGUGAGCAGCAAUCUGAACUAAUUGUAAGGAUUCCACAUAUACUUGCACAAUAUCAUGAUGAAGGAAGAAGAUGGUUGCUUAAUACAAAUAAAGAAAUCAAGUCGCUUUUUGAUUACUAUACUGAUGAAGCAGAAGGAGGAAUAGCAUAUCGAUGUAAAGAAUUCAUUAGAUAUAGCUUUUCAAUUAAACCAAAGAGUAGUAUGCAGGUCCUUAAUGAAUAUUUAGGAGAAACAAACAAUACAAAUAUCUUAGAAAAUUUUCAAGGCACAGAUGUUAACACUCACAAUCAUUUAGGCAAAUCAAUUUUGCAAAGUGCAACUGAAUCUGGGAACUUGGAGAUGGUUAAAUUUCUGGUAAAGCAAGGUGCAGAUGUUAAUGAUAAAGCCAAGGAUGGCAUGUCGGUCUUGCACAGUGCUGUUAGAUCUGAUAAUAUGGAGCUGGUGCAGUUUCUGUUGAAGAAAGGAGCCGAGAUUAAUGCUAAAGCCAAAAAUGGCAUGACAGUUUUGCAUAGUGCUACCGAAUCUUGUAACUUGGAUAUGGUUAAAUUUCUGGUAGAACAAGGUGCAGAUGUUGAUGUUGAAGAUGAGACUGCCAGAACAGUUUUGUAUAGUGCUGCUAGAUCUGGUAACCUGGAGACUGUUAAAUUUUUGGUAGAGAAAGAUGUAGAUGUUAAUGCUAAAGAUUGGGAUGGUGAAACAAUUUUGCAUGCUGCUGCUGCAUCUGGUAAUUUGGAGGUGGUUAAAUUUCUGGUAAAUAAAGGGGCCAAGGUUAAUGCUAAAGCCAAGGAUGGCACGACAAUUUUGCACAAGGCUGCAGACAGUGGUAAAUUGGAGGUGGUUAAAUUUCUGGUAAAGGAAGGGGCUAAGGUUAAUCUUAAAGGUAUAUCUGGCACCACAGUUUUGCAUAAUGCUACUGCGUCUGGAAACUUGGAAACUGUUCAAUUUCUGACAAAGGAAGAUGCAGAUGUUAAUGCUAAAGACUGGAAUGGCGACACAGUUUUACAUAUUGCUGCUGGAUCUGGUAACUUGGAGCUGGUUAAAUUUCUGAUAAAUACUGGAGCCAAGGUUAAUGCUAAAGCCGGGAAUGGCACCACAGUUUUGCACAGAGCUGCUGAAGCUGAUAACUUGGAGUUGAUUAAAUUUCUGGUACAAGAAGGUAUAGAUGUUAAUGCUAAAGCCAUGGAUGGAAAGACAGUUCUGCACAACGCAGCCGUAACUGGUAAUCUGGAGACAAUUAAAUUUCUGCUGAAGCAAGGUGCUUACGUUAAUGCUAAUACCAACAAUGGCAUGACAGUUUUGCACAAUGCUGUAAAAUUUUGUAACUUCAAGAUUGUUCAAUUUCUGGUAGCGGAAGGAGCAGAUGUUAACGCUAAAGUCAAGGAUGGUAAAACAGUAUUGCAUAGUGCUAGUGAAUCUGGUAAUUUGGAGAUAGUUAAAUUUUUGGUAAAUGAAGGGGCCAAGGUUGAUGCUCAAACCGAUGGUGCAAUAUCGGUUUUGCACAGUGCUGUUGGAUCUGGUCACUUGGAGAUGGUCAAAUUUCUGGUAAAGAAAGGGUCUAAUGUCAAUACUAAGACCAAGGAUGGCAUAACUGUGUUGCACAGUGCUGCAGACUCUGGUAAUCUCGAGAUGGUUAAAUUCCUAGUAAAGGAAGGGGCAAAGGUUAAUGCUGAAACUAAUGAUAAAACAUCAGUUCUGCAUAGUGCUGCUGGCUGUGGUAACCUGGAGAUGGUUAAGUUUCUGGUAAAGGAAGGGGCAAAGAUUAAUGCUGAAACUAAGGGUAAAAAAUCAGUGUUGCACAGUGCUGUUGCAUCUGGUCGCUUGGAAGUGGUUAAAUUUCUGGUACAAAAAGGGGCUAAAGUUAAUGCCAAAGCCAACGAUAGCAUGACAAUUUUACACCGUGCUGCUGAAUCUGGACACUUAGGUAUGGUUAAAUUUCUGGUAAAGGAAGGGGCCAAAGUUGAUGCCAAAGCCACAGGUGGCAUGACUAUUUUGCACAGUGCUACAGACUCUGGGAACCUGGAGAUGAUUGAAUUUCUGGCACAGGAAGGGGCAACAAUUAAUGCCGAAACUAGUGAUAAAAGAUCCGUUUUGCACAGAGCAGCUGCAUCUGGUAACUUUGAGAUGGUUAAAUUUCUAGUAAAGCAAGGAGCCAAAGUGAAUGUCACAGACAAGGAGGGCAUGACAAUUUUGCACAGUGCUGCUGAAUCUGGUCACUUGGAGAUGGUUAAAUUUCUAGUACAAGAAGGGGCUACAGUUGAUGCUAAAACAAAGUAUGGUAUAACAGUUUUGCACAGUGCUGCCAAAUCUGGCAACUUGGAGAUGGUUACAUUUUUAGUAAAAAAAGGUGCAGAUGUCCAUGCUCAACAUGCGUUCUGUGAGACAGUUUUGCAGAGCGCUAUCAAUUCUGGUAACUUGAAGAUGGUUAAAUUUCUGAUUGAGGAAGGUGUAGAUGUUAAUGCUAAAAACGCGUACGAUUCGAACGCUUUGCACACUGCUGUUCUACAUUGCAACUUGAAUAUGGUUAAACUUCUUGUAAAAGAAGGUGCAAAUAUUAAUGAUAAAAUAAGGUAUGGCAUGUCAGUUUUGCAUAGAGCAUCUGGAUCUGGUAACUUGGAGAUAAUUACAUUUCUGGUAGAGGAAGGUGCAGAUGUUAAUGUGAAAGAUGUGGAUGGCAAGUCUGUCUUGCGCACUGCUGCCAAACUUGGUGAUUUUGAGAUAGUUGAAUAUCUGGUACAGAAAGGUGCAGAUGUUAAUGCUAGAGAUAAGGAUGGUAAAACAAUUUUACAAAUUGCUUCUAGAUACCAUGACUGGGAGAUUGUUAAAUUUUUGAUAAACGAAGGUGCAGAUGUUAAUUUGAAAGCAAAGGAUGGCAGUACAGUUUUGCAUAGUGCUGUUGGAUCUGGUAGCUUAGAGACAGUUAAAUUUCUAGUACAAAAAGGUGCAUAUAUUAAAGCUAAAGGUUGGAAUGGCAAGACAGUAUUGCACAUUGCUGUUGCAUGUGGUAAAUGGGAGAUGGUUAAAUAUCUGGUAGCGGAAGGCGUAGAUAUUGAUGCUGUUGACGAGAUGGGCAUACCAGUGUUGCACUGUGUUGCUAAAUCUGAAAACUUGGAGAUGGUAAAAUUUCUGAUAAAGGAAGGUGCCAAUCUUAAUGCUAAAACCAGGGAUGGAAUGACAAUUUUGCACAUUGCUGCUGGAUUUGAUAAUUUGGAAAUGGUUACAUUUUUGGUAGAGAGAGGUGCAAAUAUUAAAGCUGAAGCUAAUGAUGGUAAGACAGUUUUGCACAUUGCUGCUGCAUAUGGUAACUGGGAGAUAGUAAAAUUGUUGGUAGCAGAAGGUGCAGAUGUUAAUGCUAAAGAUGCACAUGGCAUGACAGUUUUGCACAAUGUUGCUACAUUUGGUAACUUGGAGAUGGUUAAGUUUCUGGUAAAAGAAGGUGCAGAUGUUAAUGCACAAAACAAUAUGGAAAGAUUCGUAUUGCACACUGCUGUUGGAUCUGGUCACUUAGAGAUAGUUAAAUUUUUGGUUAAGGAAGGAGCCAAGGUUAAUGCAGAAACGAAGGAUGGCAUGACAAUUUUGCAUAUUUGCGUUGUAUUUGGUAACUUGGAGAUGGUAAAAUUUCUGGUAAUGGAAGGGGCCAACGUUAAACCUAUUACCAAGGACGGCAUGUCGGUUCUACACAGUGCUGCUGGAUCUGGCAACGUAGAGAUGGUCAAAUUUCUGAUAAAGGAAGGUGCUGAUGUUAAUGGCCAAUAUGCGUUGCGCGAGGCAGUUUUCCAAAGUGCUGCUGGAUCUGGUAAUUUAGAGAUAGUUCAGUUUCUGGUACACGAUGGCGUAGAUCUUAAUGUUAAAGAUGAGGAAGGCAAGACAGUUUUGCACAGUGCUGUUGGAUCUGGUAACUUAGAGACAGUUAAAUUUCUGGUAAAGGAAGGUGCUGAUGUUAAUGCUAAAGACAGGGAUGGCGUGACAGUUGUUCGCAUUGCUGCUGCAUCUGGUAACUUCGAAUUAGUUAAAUUUCUGACCGAGAAAGGUGCUGAUGUUAAUGCUGAAGCGAAGAUUGGCAUGACAGUUUCUCACAGUGCUGCUGAAUCUGGGAAUUUGGAGAUGGAUAAAUUUCUGGGCAAGGAAUGUGUAAACGUUAAUGUUCAACAUUUGUAUUGCCAAACAGAUUUGCACAAUGCUGCUGGAUCUGGUGACAUAGAGAUGGUCAAAUUCCUGGUAGAGAAGGGUGUAAAUGUUAAUACUAAAGACAAGAAUGGCAGGUCAGUUUUGCAUAGUGCUGCAAGAUCUGGUAACUUGGAGAUAAUUACAUUUCUGAUAGAGAAAGGUGCAGAUGUUGAUGUUAAAGACGAGGAUGGACUGACAGUUUUGGGCAUUGCUGCUAAAUUGGCUAAUUGGGAGGCUGUUAAAUUUCUCAUAGAGAAAGGUGCGCAUGUUAAAGCUAAAGGCAAGGAUGACAAGACAGUUUUGCACAUUGCUGCUGCAUUUGGUAACUGGGAAAUGGUUAAAUUGCUGAUAGAGAAAGGUGCAGAUGUUAAUGCUAAAGACCGGAAUGGCAUGAGAGUUUUGCACAGUGUUUCUAAAUCUGGUGAUUUGGCGAUGGUUAAAUUUCUGGUAAAGGAAGGAGCCACUGUUAAUGCUAAAGCCAAUGAUGGCAUGACAGUUUUGCACAGUGCUGUUGAAUCUGCUCACUUAGGAGUGGUUAAAUUUCUAUUAGAGAAAAGGGCAGAUGUUAAUGCUAUAUCUAAGACUGGCGUGACAGUUUUGCACACUGCAGCUAGAUCUGGUAACUUGGAGAUGGUUAAGCAUCUGAUAACAGAUGGAGCCAAGAUUAAUACCCAAACGAAUGAUGGAAGAUCUGUUUUGCACUGUGCUGCUUCAUUUGGUAACUGGGAGAUCGUUAAAUUUCUGGUAAGGGAAGGUGAAGAUGUUAAUACUGAAGAAUCUAAUUGCAUGACAGUUUUGCACAUUGUUGCUGCAUUUGGUAACUUGGAGACGGUUAAAUUUCUGGUAAUGGAAGGUGCAGAUGUUAAUGCUGAGAGCAAUGAUAAAAGAUCAAUUUUGCACAAUGCUGUUGGAUCCGGUCACUUGAAGAUGGUUAAAUUUCUGGUAGAAGCUGGUGCAGAUAUCCAUGCUAGAGACGUGGAUGGCAAGACAGUUUUGUUCUAUGCUACUAUAUCUGGUAACGUGGAGAUAGUUAAAUUUCUAGUGGAGAAAGGUGCGGAUGUUAAUGCUAGUGACAAGGGUGGCAUGAAAGUUCUGCAUAGUGCAGCUAGAUCUGGUAGUUUGGAGACAGUCAAAUUACUGGUAGAGAAAGGGGUCGAGGUUAAUGCUAAAACGAAUGCUGGCAUGACAAUUUUGCACAGUGCUGUAGGAUUUGGUAACCUGGAGAUAGUUAAAUUUCUGGUAGAGAAAGGUGCUGAUAUUAAUGCUAUAGACGAGGAUGGCAUGACAGUUUUGCGCAUUGCUACUAGAUCUGGUAACUCGUAGAUAGUGCAAUUUUAGUAGAGAAAAGUGCAGAUGUUGAUGCUAAAGACGUGGAUGGCAUGACAGUUUUUUUUGCGCACUACUGCAAAUGCAUUUGGUAAUAUAAAUUUUUAUUUAUUAUUUUUAUAUUAAUCCAAAUUUAUACAUCCUUUAAACAAUCUGUAAUUUUCAAAUCAGUAGUAACCAGUAAUUUUAGAUCAAGAUUGUCUUGAAAAUAUUAAGUUUUUGUUAUCUCAUUUGUGUUUAAAUAUUGCUUUUCUAAGAUGUCAGUUUAAAUUAAUUUGCAAAGUUUAAAUAGUUGUCAUAGAGAACCAUUUAUUUGUCAGAUGACAGUACAAUACCCACUAAUGUGGCGACUUUUUACAAGAAAUAUCUGUAAACUCAGGGUUGACCAAAAAUCAGUAGUGGAUAUCCUGUUGGUAACAUAAAGGUACCUGGAAGGUCAGUAGGAGGGGAUACACUGAAGGUAGACCAAAAAUCAUGCUGCGCUAUUUAUAGAUGCGUGAUUGAAUGAACCUCUAUUAACUGACAUCACCGAUGUUCGCGAUCGAGAAAUAUUGAUAAAUUAUUUAUUUCUCGGUAUCUAAUGCUUUUAAUAAUUUCUUUUGUUAGAGAUCUUGUUAACCUCCCCCCCCCUCGGCUAUUUUACCGUAUAAUUUGUUAUUGAAUAUAACUAAUGGAAUAUGAGAUGCACAGUAACUUUUAAAUCAUGAAUGUCUCAAAAAAUUGUUGCAUCGAAAAUUUUCUGUGAAUGAUUUUAUUCUUUCCAGCUGCUUAAUAAUUAUAAGAAUUUCUAUUCCUAAGGAUAUCUUCUAGUUCAACAAUCUAAUGUCGUUUAAACAAAAAUAACUAAUAGAGCUCAAAGUACAGAGCAACUUUUGAGGCACAAAUAUUUCAAGAAAUUAUUUCGGUAAAUCACUUUCGUUGCAAACAAAUUUCGAAGUUUGUAAAACUUUUGGCCUCAGAUUUAAAAGUCUUACAUCUCUAUUAGAAAUGGUCAUUGAAAGUUUUUUUAAAUGCAAGAUAUUAUAUUUUAUAAGUACAGUUGUCAUCGUUGGGUCUGGUUGUAUUUUGAUAAGUACAGACAUCGUUUGAAUAUGCCUAUCGCAUGAAUUUUUUCCUUCCAAAUCGUAAAACGUGACGUGAUACGAAUGGAGUAUACGUAAUACUUAAUUCUUGCUAAGUAUCUUACAUUUGUGAAAUAUCGGUAACGACGGAAAUGGUAAUGGGACUUCUACCCCUUCUCCUUAUCGAAACACAAUUUUUUAAAUCCGAACUGUGUUAUCAACAGCGCAACAUUGACCAUUGCUGGAAGUUAAUACUGUAAAAUUGUGCAUAAUAACAACGUAUAUCGGCGAUAAACCUGAACGGUCAAGGCUCUUCGGAUCACAAAACUUAUAAUACUGUACAACAGAAGCACUGUUUUAAAUCGCUUGUUAGACAUAUGCAGAUUUUAUGACUACUCGGUAACAUGUGAGUUUUUGCAAUAAAAUAAAAUUAACUGUAAUUUGUACACUUUCUGUACAUUAUUCUUUGAAGAAUAAAUAUGUAUACUUCUUUACAUAUAUGUAUAGUUGUUUGUAUAUGGUACUAAUACAGUUCUAUAUAGUUUUAGAAUGUUUGAUUCUAAAGAAUAAAGACAAUCGAAUUCAAUUCUAGCUGUCUCUUUGAAAUUAAAUUUAAUCAGUACAUCGUGCAGGCAAGUAAAAAUCAUUUAUUACCAUUAUUUAAUUAAUUAUCUAUUACACAAAGGUCUCAUUAAACAUAGGCGUGUUUGAUCAUGGAAAUGAGACGGUACAUUCGCAAGAACAUCUAUCGGAAAGGUUUGCUCUUCACGAAAUUGAUUUCAAAUAAAAUUUCAGUUUCCCGAAAAUUUCGACAAAUAUUUUGCCGAACGAUUUCUAUAGUUAUAUUUCGUCGGAAGCCAAUUAGUGAGAUGAUUGCAAAAGUUACACCGGCGCGAUACACACACACAUGCAAACAGUACACUUUGGACGCGAAUAAAUCUGAAGAUUGAUAACCGAACGCGCGCACGUUGACAUUAUCUGCCGGCUCCGUAUAAUAUUCCUCGCGGAUAAAAGUGAAACUGAUUUCAACAUUCGACCUGUUUAUUAUUUCCAAUUCAAAACGCGGGAUAAUGUUUUCCAGCGAUGAUAUACAUACAACGACGGAUCAACGUCGACGUAAAUCACGGUCCGUCUCCCGCUCGGCGGACAGUGUUCUCGAAUGAAAAUAUGCUUCGAACACAUAACCGUUAUUAUUAUUAUAUAAUCCAAUUUAUAAAAAAUCGAUCAAAAUAGCAAAUACUGUGUAGAACAUAUUUCAGCGUUUGUUAACAACGAAAAAUAGUGUAAACGGAGAGUUUCAAAAUAGAAUUUUGAAGAUUGUAUAUAUUUUAAUAAAUGCAGAUAUUAUUUUGA